AUGAUGCUGGAAGAAUUGAGAACUCCACUUACGCCACGACGUUUGGAUAGCCCUGUGGACAACGAUGAUAGCGACACAAUUGUCCUAACAGCUGAUGAGGCUGUUUUUCUGCAAGCAUCAUGGCAGAGAGCCGUGGCGACUAUUGAUGUUGGAGCUGAAGUUAUCAUACGUUUGCUGAAUGAUAAACGAUCGCUGUUCAAGUCACUAUUGGAAAGUCAUGCUGGGCAUAUUAAUUACAGCGGAAAUUUUACUGUGGAAGUUGUUAAUCGGGAUUUGAGAAGAGCCAAAGAGGUUGGACAAGGAGUAGUGCAGUUCUUUACAAAGGCGCUGGAAUGCUUAGCGCAGCCGGAUGCAUCGGAGAAAAUACGUCAGAUGAGUUACGACCUUGGCGUCCUUCACUACAAGAUGCGUGUGUGGUUCCAAGCUGAGAAUUGGCUCUGCGUAAAGAACAGUUUACUCACAGUCAUCCUUGAGAUAAACCCUAUCAAAAGUGAGAUAUAUUUUUGUUCUUCAAAGCGUUAA